AUGCGGUCCAGCCAUGCGAAGCGGGCCUCACGCGGUUCAGUGAAGGAGCCAGCGCCCAUUCCCUACACCGCGUCUUCGCCCUUCGUUGUGCACGCCAAGCAACGCAAGAGCACGAAGCAGCCUAGGGCGGUAAGCUUCCUCACGCGCGUGGCGUCAGCGGUGCUUCAGAAGUUUCUUCAAACCCAACCGCCACCACUGCAGUACGGCGAUGUCCUCCGCGACGUGCCCUUCCACCUCCACAACCGCAUCGUCGGCUUCUUCUCCACGCACCCGAGCCUCUGCGAGGACGACUUCGGCGUCUGCCACGGGCAGUGCAUCCGCUUCACGCGCGGGCCGUGGACAAAUGAGACAGCAGUCGUCGUGGGUGCGCGUGGUGGAUAUCUCUGGGUGGUGAACCGUGAAGGCCCCGCCACCGCUCGCCCACUAUACGCGCCGGAGUGGCACGGCUGGGAGAAGGUGGCGGCGGAGCCGGAACUGCUCGUGCGGCUGCGUGAGGGCCUCGAGGCGGCGCACCGCGACGCCGACUUGGACUACGACCCAGAGCAGCGGGAAUUUCUCCAGAAAGCACCAGAUUUGUUUGCAGAGGUGGUAGAUGACGAGGACAACUACGGUGCGGGGGAUGUGGCAGUGGAUGAUGGGUGGGGCGAGCAGAAAGCCAGCUGCUGCAGCGGGAGAGUAUCCUCUAACACCGCGGAUGGCCAUAGUGUUCUUAGCGACGCCUCAACAACGCUGAGUAGAGCGCGGAAGCGGGUGAUCCUUGUGCCUCAGGUGGUACAGGUGAGUGGCGACCUUGGCUGGGCAGGGGAAGGCGUAGUGGUUGUCGAUGGCGGUGGUGUGAAGUCCUUCUCGUCUUCUCUCUCCGCCUCUGUAUUACUCUGA